AUGAUUCCCUUUGAGCAAGGCAACUCAGCAGAUUUUCAGGUCCUGCUAACGGAUGCCCUCCCUCCAGGAUAUAUAGGUUGCUUUGAAGCCUAUUUCAUUUUGCAGUCUCGGCCGUUCAUUCGCAGCUGCGGCAAUGGAUGUACUGAAUACAAAUUACUCAUCGUCACCGAUCUUGAUAGGGCUUCAAAAGCUGGUAAUUGGACAUGGAGAGCUGUUACCCGACAAGGUCUUCUGAAGUUGGAUAUUCAUAGUAAGCCUCACGUGAGCAUAAAGGCAAUGAACGUCAAAGGCCGUGCUAUGGAGUUAUCCGAUUUGACGGUGUUUCACAAUAGAGUACUCACCCCUGACGACAGGACCGGACUGAUCAGUGAAAUAAGGGACAACCAGAUUAUUCCUUGGGUGUUCCUUAAUUCUGGCCCUGGGAACACGACUGACGCUUUCAAAUGCGAGUGGAUGACCAUCAAGGAUGGCUUGCUCUACGUUGGAAGCCAUGGCGUUGAGUAUAAAACUAGGCACGGCUCACACAGGAACAACAUGUGGGUCAAAACGGUUACUUCAAAAGGAGAGGUAAGGUUGAAUAAAUCAGGGUAUGAGUCUGUGGCGAAUGCAUGA